CGGCGACCUGUGGUAAUUUUUAUGCACGCGACCGGCGAGACCAUGGACGUGGUGCGUCCUAAGCAAGAGCUUUACGCGCGGAUGGGUUACUUCACGGCAGCCAUUGACGCCCGCUACCACGGCCAGCGCGCGGCCCUACCCGACAAAGUUACGGCCCGGAACGUGUACGAGCUGGCGCUGGCGGCGGCGUGGCGGGGCUCGGGCGAGCAACCGCUGUUCUUGGAUACGGUGUGGGAUCUGGUGCUGCUACUGGACGUAUUGGCGAUGCGACCGGAAGUGGACAUGACUCGCGUAGGCGUUACGGGCUUCAGCAUGGGCGGUACCAUCACGUGGCUGUUGGCAGUGAUCGACCCACGGGUCGCAGUGGCGGCGCCGAGUUCGGGUGUACAGGGCUUUUGCUGGGCUGUGGAUAACGAGCAGUACCAUGCACGUGUGGGCCGUUACCCUCUGGUGUUCGAGAUCGCCGCGAGCGACCUUCGGGGUACCAAAACGGCCGAGGUUGACGGCGAGGUCGUGACGGCGGUCUGGAACAAGCUGCUACCUGGCAUCAUGUCAGUCUACGACGCACACAUGUCCCUGUGCACCAUCGCGCCCCGGCCGCUGCUGCUGACGACGGGCGAGCUGGACCCGUCGUGCCCUCUGCCGGGCGUUGCCCUAGCGGCCGACAGCGCGCGGGCCGUGUACCUGGACUGGGCUAAGGAGCAGCGUCGACUGCAGCUGGAGGCGGAGGCGGAGGCUGCCGCAGCGGCCGCGGCCGCGGCAGUGGAGGCCGCGAUGGCGGCAGCCGCCGCCGAAGCGGCAGCAGCAGCGGCAGCGCAAGUAGAGGCCGCGGCGGCGGCAGCAGCCGCGGCAGCGGAAAUGGCGGCGGCAGCAGCCGUCGAAGCUGCCGCGGCCGCGGAAAUGCAGGCAGAGUUCGCUGCGGCUGUGGCAGCUGCCGAAGCGGCCGCAGAGCCCGCGGCGGAGGCGUCAUCGGGAUGUGUCCUGGGUGAUGUGGCGCCAGGGGGGGGUCCCUCCUCCUCCUCGAUGCGGAGUACCCCGCGGGCGACUCUG